CGGUUGAUCGCGUUGUUUACCGAUUUGCCCAGCGUCGACAAUUGAGAAGAGACAGAAUCUUCAGGGAUCGAUCAAAUCCAUUUGAAAUGUAUGACAUCGAUUUGUUUGAUCGUUUUCGAUUCCGUCGUGCGAACUUAACUUAGUGGAAAAUGAUAGCGACCAUCAUUUUCAACGAAAAGGCUCUGUUCCGCCUUUGUUGCAGGUGAUGAUGGCAUUACAAUUUUAUGCAACAGGCACAAUGCCUGUUGUAGUGGCUGACACUUUUGGCGUUGGCAUGGGAUGAUUCUGGGAGACAAUGGCUACCCGCUGAGGAACUGGCUUAGUACCCCCUUUUUUAAAAUGCAGACACUAGAGCCAAGGAAAGGUUCAACUGUGCCCACAGCUCAGCAAGGAGCAUCAUUGAGAGAACCAAUAGUGUUCUAAAAAAUUGAUUCCAUUUCCUUCAGGCACAACUAAGGACUGUACCUGAUAUUACAUGACUAGAUCGAGCUGAAGGUCCGGGAAAUACUGAUAACGUAUCUCACAUUUAGAACUCUAAAAUCAAGGCUGACUAGCGAGCCGUUAGUAUGCAUGUCCUUGCUUGUGAGGUGACAGGGCAGCCAAGGAAGGAGAUGAGUUACUUACCCUGACAUUGUAAGUUGACUGCGGACGAAGUGACAAGAUGGCUGAUGAUCCGCCUUCUAGUCUCCAGACGGGGAAAAAGUGGGCUGGAUACACAAAACCACUCACUAUUGGAAGUCGUGUUGAAAAGGCCACAGAAAAAUCAGCCUAUCAGGCCGAGGAGGAGUCCGACGCAGAAAUGGUGACGAAAUCGGAAAACGUGGCGAUGCAGGAGCAAAAGCAAUAUUUUCAGAGGAGUUUGCUGCUAAAGCAUCCCCUAGCUGAGCGAUCUGAGGGUAAGUAUGAGCACAUGUUAAAGAUGAAUCAGCUCCAGAAGAGGAUGCAGCAGGAGCGACAAACUGCAAUGGAACCAGGAAGGAAGGUGAGGAAGAGGAGGAGAUCUGGAAGACUGGACUCGAAGGAGGGUCAUGGGGAUAUGUUUGACGCUCGAGAGAACCCAACAAUACAUCAUCUAGCGCGGGGCAGAUGGGAGAAUAAAGGAUCAUUUUCAACUAAAAGUGGGACUGAGCCACAGAUCAACAUGUUCCCAACAGCUAAGGCAGACCUGGGCAAACGCCGGCCCGCGGGCCGGAUCCGGCCCGCCUCCUGUCUCCGACCGGCCCGCCCGCUGGCCCGCCCGCUGGCCCGCCCGCCAGUAAAUAUACAGUAUUGGGAUUUCCCACUAGAAGAGAGCCAAGAAGCCUGGAUACAGUGGGUGGACGACGCCUUUCCUGAUCUUCAUGGCACCAAUUUCUGGCUUCCUGUCUGUGCAAAGGACUUUGCUUCGUUGCAUUGUACCGAGGAACAGUCAACACUGGACACUUCUCAGAAACAGGCUCCUUGGUACAAUUCGGACAAAAACGACUCAGCCUUACAGCGGGUGUUGCUCUGUCUGAAGGAAAGAUCAGAAGCACAGGACGAGGUGAUGUUUGUACUCAGUCAGCUGUACUUCGGACUAAACUCCGGCGAACCUUGUUACUCAGCAGCAGCUGACUAUUUACCUCCACCCGACAGUGUCCCUCCUGCUCCACUAAGGAACUUGGAAGAAGGCGACUUUGACCUUCUCAUCAUUCACCGUAGUUACGGUCUUGUCGUCUGUGAGGUGAAGGCAUUUGGCGAUAACUCAUCUAAGAGUGGCAUGUCACAACAAGAUGUAGACAGCAAGAUUCGAAGUAAACUCAAAGAGGCCAUAUUACAGGUGGACAGGGCGGAGGCCGUGUUGUCACACCUGGUGUCAGACAUCGUCCCAGGCCUGCGCAUCACAAAGACAAUUGCUUUCCCGAACCUUACAGCUCAUCAGGUACAACAGGCACUUGCUGAGGAUCCGAUACUGAGAUCUGUGUCUGUGUCUGGGAGCAACAGAUGUUGCGGGCAUCACUGAUCUUUGUCUCACCUCUGAUCAGCUUUCUGUCUCUGGUACCCCGGGUACUGUCAGCACUGACUUUGGUAACUGGUGGCUUCGAUGUGUGGUUGGGUCUGGAUCUGCAACCGAAAUCAGUUUUGCUGAUUACCAGAGACUGUUGGCCAGAUUCUGCGGUCCGGCGGUAACAGUGACAGUUCCAUGCCUGUCUCCCCCACGCCUGUCACUCAAAACCUUGGACCAACCUUCGUCGUUCACGAGCCUGUGUCGUGCUGUUAUUACAUUGUUCCCGGAGCAAGUUCAUCUGCUGAACACAGCGACUCCCAGGGUCCUUUUGACUGGACCUCCUGGUACAGGUAAAAGUCUGGUGCUGCAGCUGAAGGCUACAGAAUGGCUGCGAUGUGGAUGUGACGUCAUCAUGGUCAGACCCCGGAGACGGGGAGGUGCAGCAUGCUUGAUCACGUAUUACCUGCUGAAAAAGACCUUAGAAACACAACUGGCAAAGACUGUGAAAUCCGGGCACCUUUAUCUUCUAGAAUAUGACUUCAAUGAUGAUGGAGAUAUCGAGGAAGCUGUGACUGACUUGCUACGAGCGGCGAAGGGAAGACCGCUGUACGUCAUCGUAGAUGCAAUCGACUCGCCUUCUCUCAGGUACCAAUGGCGCAACAUCAAACGUUUCCUUCGCAAGUUGUCUGCAACAGUUACGGAUCUCCAUUGUUGGGCUGCAGAUUAUGACCUCGAGUUUGCACCGUCCAACUGUCAAGUGCAGCAUUUAACCAGACCCAUCCGAUUUCCAAAGUUUGUGGAGAUGGAAUCUGCAGAUUUUCAUCCGGAUAUUUUCAAGCCAUACAGUCAACGUGGGCAGCACGACACUACACCUGGACCACCAGUCCAGUGGUUCCUUCUCCCAAAACAUGAUCACAGAAGACUUACCGGCGACUGUGUUACGUGCGGUGAGCUUGUGGUCAGGUUCCUACAGGGUCUGCUUGCUGGUGCUUCAGAAAACACCAGUACGUCACUGACAUCUAUCACAUCCACCAUAAGGGAUACUACAUCUACGAGGCUGCGAUACAGAGACGUGCUAAUAGUGAAAGGCAGAUACGACCACAUUAAUCUGAAGAAGGCACUGAAAAAUGCAGGUAUUCCAGUGCAGAACAUGAAACAUUAUAUCACUGAGGACAUGAUCACAUCAAACAGAAACGAGGUGUGGAUGGUGUCCACGGAUGAUCUUCAAGGUCUUGAAAGAAAAGUAGUAGUCAUCGUUGGAGAGACUGAACCUGACAAAUAUGUUGGUGUGUUCCACUGCACGUCACAACUGGUGUUCAUCUCCCAAACAGAAUAUUAUGGAAAUUGUGACAUAGCGUCUGAGGAUGAACAGAAGCUUGCUGAAGAAAUACAGAAGGAAGAGAGGGACACUGACAAAACUGGAGCUAAAUGCCAUAUCACAGAAUCAGAAGAUGUAAAAAUACUAACCUCCUCCACCUUGGACACUGAUCCUCAGUCCUUUUCUGUUCUGUAUCCAAUCAGACUUGAUCUCGGCGAAGCAUCUCUACCACCAACCGAGAAACCUAACCGUUCUCACGAUGAAUGCAGAGCAGGAGAGGCUACUGAGAGAAGCGAUGAUAUGGCCUCGUCACCCAUCUUUAGCAAGCCCUGGCAAGACUGCUCUUAUUUUUCUGCAGAAGGAGGCAGACUGCAGGUACAAGGAUCCGAUGUCGUUCUUCAGGUGCCAGCAGGCGUUAUAGACGACAACACAAAGGUCGCAGUUCAUGUCGCCAUUUGUGCUAACGACGUGUACAUCAAGCACAAACUACAGCUGCCUGUCACGGAAACCAUCGUCAGCCCAUUGGCCGAGUUCAAGGCAGAUCAUGACUUCUGCUUCCAAAAUCAUAUUCAGAUCACCUUGCCUACCUGCCUGUCUUCAGACUAUGACGUCAACCUUUUGCAUGUUUACUGCAUAACACAUGGAGGACAAGAAGAAGAAAUAAAUAUUAGCGAAAUACAAAGACUUGAAGACAUGACACAGACACCUGACAAAGAGGCAUUAGCAGCCUAUUUUUAUGUAAAUGAAGAAAGACAGGUUGAAGUGAUGACGUCACAUUUCAGUGGGUACGUAUGCACAUACUGUGGUCUAUGUCAGAACAUCGGCCUGCAGGUGUAUGCGUCUCCCACGUAUGACAAUGAGUCUGUGCAAGUGUCCGUCAUAGCACGACUCUGGGACAAGAUACAUAUUUCAGACUUUCGACAGUGGAAGCCGGAAGACAAUUGUUACAAAGAGGUCUUAAGUACAACAUUUCAGCUCAAAAAGAUGUUGAUACCAGCUGAACUGCAAGUGGACCUUAUUAUCGACAAUGAUCAGACGACUACUUGGCAAUUUAACCAGAAACUCGCAGCAACAAACACAUUCUGUCUCAACUGGGGCAAAGUAACAUGUGACAACUCCAAAGAACACCAGGCAGUGAAAUACACAGACCUGGGUCCUUUCAGUCCUGGCUGGAUGCUGAAAUGUAAAUCAAAUGAAAAUAGAGGGAUGCCUUCAACUCUAGUCGCAUGCAUUCGUGUUUCACACUUUAAAACGCAGGAGAGUAUAGAACCAUUGUGGCACAGUGCACCAUAUCAAGUGGAUCUCCAGCAGCACAAUGGAAAGGAAAAAUAUAUUUCUAAUGGUACCAAUUGCAGUUUUCCUGGAAUCACCAUUAAUAAUGUCCAGGGUAAUGUAACUAUUGCUCAGCAUCUUAUCACACGAAAAACAGGAAAUGUUCUUCAAAUAACAGAGAAUAACCAAUCAACAGAGCAACCAAUGUUACAAGAUUAUUAAAAGAGUCUCUUAAAAGAUACAGUGUUACAAUCAACUGUAUAAGAGCAUACCCGUAUCAGGAGGCCUUGAGGUGUACAGUAAGAAGACAACCACACGAGCAAAUGAUCUGCCCUUGAAUUCUGGCUAUUGACAACAGUUUGAUGAAGUUAUUUUUGUGUAAUUAAGUAAAAAAAAGACAUUUCUUGUUUUAUUAUUUACAUCACACAUUUGUUAUAACUAAUGUGAUAACUGUGACUGUGUCGCAAAAGUUUCAUCAUUAAAAAGUUUAUCGUUCUCAUGACAAAAUAAGAAGCAGAAGCAAAUCAUCAGCUUGGUCUUGGCUCUUUACUGAAGGGACUACAGGAAACCUGACAGUUCCAAUGUGUUGUUUCUUGCACUGAUUUACCCCAUCCCUAGAAAAAUAAUGCAAAUGCACACCACCCGUCCUUUAACGUGACUCGUCUCCUUGCUUUUGAGUAUUUCUAUUUGUUCGAUUUAUGGAUAUUUUUCAUAAAAAUUAUGUAUCGAUGUCUUCGUUGUGUAGAGACCAACACACAUAGAUAUAUUUGAAACAGCUUUUUAAAACCAUUUAUAUUAAGCUUUCUUUGACUAGUAUGUGAAUAAAUCAUUCAAGACUUUGAAUCAUUGUAAAGAACAUGAAUUAUCUGAAAAGAUAUCACAGUGUUAUAAACACUUUUAUGGAUUACUGUGACCUGUUAUGUCAAACAGAUAAUCAUUACUAUAUUUUUGAAACUUGUGUGAAAUAGUAUUUUAAGAGUCACGAAUUGAUUAAUGCUCGGAUCGUCAGUAUAUCCAGUAUAGUUAGUGUUAGUUUAUAUUUUACCAUGCGUGCGUUCGUUCAAGUUUAAAACACUCCACAGAUAGACCUGACAUGCGCUAGGUUGUGAUAAUAUAAAUUUGGAAUGAACUUUUUUUUCCAAAUUUUUACUCAGCUGUGUUAGGUAAUGCCUCAAUUUAUAUGUAUGAAUUGGUAUUUAGAGUACACAUAGGCAGAAGAAGCCUCAUUUAUUACAGACAAAAAGUGAAAUUAUUAAACAUUUCAUAAAUAUGAUGCUAAAAUAUAAUGAUCAUAUUUGACAAAUUGAAAAGAUUUUGGAACAUGAGAUUUCAGCUUGUUGAUAAACUUAUCGUCGUGUGUCUCAGUUCUCUUAUGUUACAGAAUCUUAUGAGAGCAUAGAACAAAGAUUGUGCUUUUAUUUUCUUCCUCUGUUAAGACGAUAGAUGAAGGAUUUUACAGCUUGUGUAAACUUCAGCUAUGUCUCGCCCUGAGAUAACGGUAAUCAGCAUUUCCAGCUGGAAUAAUAAGUCUCAAAUAAAAUGCUAAUCUUACUUGCUCAUUUAUAAAAUACUGGAUCUGCUUAUUACCCAUAUUUUGAGUCCAGUUACAGUUAGCACCAUUACAAUGGCUCCGUUUAUAAUCACAAGCUAAAAGUUUGACUGUAAGAACUCUUGACAUCCUAAGCUAUUCCUCUAAGUAGCAAGGUCAAUGGCUUCACAACCUUUUCAGUGUUCUAUUCUACGUGUCCAGUGUUCGCAUAUGUAUGCAUUUUUUCUAUUGAAUAAAAUAUGUUUCUGGUUCUGCAAUUACCUCUUUCUCAGUUGCUAUAUUUAUUAUCAAAAUAAACAAUAUUGUUAUUGUCAUUGGUAAUUCGACUGUGCGACUAGUUACCGGCAGUCUCGAUUUGUGGUUUCGCCCAUUAGCGACUUGUUUCCUUAAUGCAUAAGAAACUGUUUUAGACAGGCUAUUCUAACCGUGAUGUAAAUAUUGUGGUGAAAAUCAUGAACUUUAUUAGAACAAGAGUAGUCAGCUACCGACAGUUUAAAUUGCUGAAGGACGUUGAGUACAAUCACAAACAAGUUGCCUACCACACAAAUAUGCAGUGGAUAUGUUGGAAAGAAUUAUCAUGCAAGUUUGAGAGCUCCGAGAAGAAACUGUUCUGUUUUUAGAAAUAAAUGAAAAGACAAACA